ACAACAAUCUUGGGUGUACAUUUUCUAAGCAAGCAAUGAGCUUCAGAGUCAGAAACGGAAGAAUAAUUUACGCCCGAGAGGCAACAGAUGAAAACAAGUAGGAGAGGCAUCCUGCUCCGCCCCAAGCACCGGCGUCACGCUUCUCUCGAUCGGAUGUGGUUAACGGGUCAAACCGACAGAGCGGCUAGUGGCGACGGUAGAACUUCAACACAUUCGAGGUAAACUGAGUAUUUCAAGCAAACUGGAGGGGAGAGGAUGUGAGGGACCGCAUAAUGGUAGCUGACGACAACGCUAACGUUGUUGACCGCUGUUGUCGGCGGCAGGGUUUGUAGCAGCUAGCUAAUGUUGCGAGCCCGUGUCUGAGCUGAUAGCUGAACUUCGCAGCAACUCGCCGACCCGAGUCCGCUCAGGCAGCCGCAGCACGGCAGCGCCAGCCGGGUGGAUGUGAUCUGUAAGCAGCUCAUGGCCUGUAUGCUGCUGACCAACAUGAACCCACCAUUAUCCAGUCCACCGACCCUUGAGAACAUCCUUCUCUCAGAACUCAACACUCCCAAUGGACACAAUCUCAAACAGGACAUCAAGAGCACUGUUUUAACUGUCCACCUUUAUCACUGGGGGAAGACUCGAGCGGGGGCCGACCAUUUGGAAAACACCCUCACAUUUCCACCUGGAGAAUACGUGGCAGAGGAGUUAUGCAUUACUGCUGCUAAAGCGUGUGAUAUUACUCCAGUGUACUGCAACCUGUUUGGCUUAAUGAGAGAAAGUGACCAAGUCUGGUUUCCUCCUAAUCACGUUUUUAAACUACACCACACAGACAAUGAGAGCCUUCACCUCAGAAUCAGAUACUAUUUUCCUGGCUGGUAUAAUGGCAGUAACUCCUGUGCUCAUCGAUAUGGUUUGUCCAAAGGAAUGGAGACGCCAGUCAUGGACGACUGUGUCAUAGCCUACCUGUUUGCUCAGUGGCGUAGCGACUUUCUGAGCGGUCGGAUUCAAAUUCCUGUGAGCCAUGAAGCUCAGGAGGAGUGUCUGGGAAUGGCUGUGCUGGACAUGAUGAGGCUGGCUAAAGAGAGUGAUCUCUUACCGGUAGACAUCUACAACAACACCAGCUACAAGUCGCUCCUGCCAAGGUGCAUGCAGAGCCACAUCCAAAGCUACAACCUGUUAACUCGGAAGAGAAUCCGCUAUCGCUUCAAAAAGUUCAUCCAGCAGUUCAGCGAGUGCAAGGCCACAGUUUGUAACCUCAAGCUCAAAUACCUGAUAAGCCUGGAGAUGCUGCUGCCGUCUUUCUACUCGGAACACUUCCAGGUCACUGACCUCUCCUCACAAGAGGCCACUAUCAUCGUUAAUGGCAAUAAGGGUAUUCUUUGGCGUAAAGGGACCGAGGAGGAGGGUGCAGAGGAGGUCUACUGUGACUUCCCAGAGGUGAUCGACAUCAGCAUCAAACAGGGCAGUAAGGAAGGCUCAGCAGAAAGUCGCAUAGUUUCCCUCACCAGACAGGACAGCCAGAUCCUGGAGCUGGAGUUUCAUUCGUUGUCGGGGGCACUGUCGUUUGUAUCUUUAGUUGAUGGAUACUACCGACUGGUGGCCGAUGCACAUCACUACCUGUGUAAAGAGGUCGCGCCACCGAGACUUCUGGAGUGCAUUCAGAGCUGCUGCCACGGCCCCAUAUUGAUGGAGUUCACAGUAAGUAAGCUGCGCCACUCGGGUAACUGCCAGGGCCUGUACAUCCUCCGCUGCAGCCCCAAGGAGUAUGACAAAUAUUUCAUGUCAUUCAUCGUGGGGUAUGAGGCGAUGGUGGAGUACAAACACUGUCCCAUUGUGAAGACGGAGUCAGGAGAGUUCAUCCUGAGUGGGACCAAGAGGAGCUUCGGCUCUCUGAGGGAACUGAUGCACUGUUACCAAAAGGAGGAGCUCCGUACAGAGGGACACACGUUUCAGCUAACCAGAUGUUGUCCGCCUAGCCCAAAAGAUAAAACCAACCUGCUGGUUUGCAGAAACAAUCAGGUUCCAGAGGUUGCUCUCUUCCCACUGCUUCACAAACACAUCAGUCACAUGGUUUUCCACAAGAUCCGCAAGGAGGACCUCAGUUUC